AACGUCGUCACGGGGCCGCCACGCCGUCGCGGAGGAGCACCAACGAAUCACCUCGCCGUGGCGGGGCCCGCGUUUACCUCCACCGGGAAUCCUACCACUGCUCCGCCGGUAUUAAAGCAGCGGCGAGCGGCCGGCGCGCUUCUCCUCGCACUAAACCAAAGAGAAACCGUGGUCCCGGGAGCCCAAGAGCGAAUUUUUUUCCCCGCAGCUCCGUUCCUCCGGUCCUCCCCCCUCCUCUCGCGCGAAUUCGUCGCCCGGUCUCCGGAAUCGCGGCGUCAUCUCAGAUUGCUGGGCGUUGAAGCUGAGCUUUCAGACGAUUUCAGAGCCCGAAGGCGCCGGUUUCUUGGCCGUUGUCAGGGUGGUCUCCGGCGUGCCUGCGGUUACCGGCUCUGCGGGGCUGGAUCCGGCUGGGCCCCGGCCAAAGGAUCGGGUUCUUGGAACAGGGCAUUACUUCGGACUCUCGAGGUGUCCGUAGCGGCGCUCGGGGUGAACUUUGAGAAAACAGGUUGAAUUCGAAGACCUGAAGAUUUGUUUACUGCGCGGGCCGUUAGGGGCCAUGAUGAAAUGAAAAUUCAGGUGGGGGAUGCUCUCCCCUUCCGUUGACCCUAAAAAAAAGACCUGAAGAUUUAGCUAGUUCAGAACUUCAAACCAGUUUCGAAAAUAGAAGAAAGAUUCAGCUCUUUCUUAGCAGUUUCAGAGUUCUUCAGUCGGUUGAAGAAGCAAGCAGGGUCUGAAUUUUGAAUCGGGCAAUGCAUACCAAGGCUCGAAUCCACGCUGACCCGGUCCUGGAUUUUGACCAGUUCGACUGCCUGCCGGAUUCCCUUGUGCUGCUGAUCCUGAACAAGCUCGAGGACGGGCGUUCGCUCGGCCGCUGCUCCGCCGUGUCCAAGCGGUUCAGUGGCCUUGUUCCCCUUGUGCAUGAUGUAUGCGUCAAGAUCGACCGCGUCGUGGCUGUGGAUGGAGACUCCGAAGCUGCUCUGAACCUGUCGUCUCCCAAGCCCCAGAACAUCCUCUCGCAUUUGUUCAAGCUGAUGCUGUUCGCGAUCACCAAGCUCUUCCAUGACAUGGGCGGCAACCCAAACGGCGCCGGGCGGCCACUGUUCCCCCAGCUCUCCCAGCCCUCGCCUGCGCAGGUGCUGCGGAGCUUCUCCCAUGUUCGCAACCUUCGCGUGGAGCUGCCCUCGGGGGACGUCGGCGUCGAGGAGGGGGUUCUGCUGAAGUGGCGGGCGGAGUAUGGCCGCACGCUUCAGAAUUGCGUGAUCCUGGGCGGCACCCUGGUCAGCCGCGAGGCCGCCGGCGGUGAGCACGAGCCGUGUCCGGAUGACAGUGGAACCAUGCCCGAAUCCUUCUACACGAACGGCGGGCUGAAGCUCCGUGUGGUGUGGACCAUCAGCUGCCUGAUCGCCGCUUCGACGAGGCACUACCUCCUCCGGUCGAUCGUCGGUGAGCAUCCGACGCUGAGAAGCCUGGUCCUGGCGGACGCCGAUGGGCAGGGCGCGCUGCGCAUGGGGGCGGAGCAGCUGAGGGAUUUCAGGGAGCACCAGCUGGCGGCCUCGGCGUGCUCCAACAGAACGCAGGUCCCCGCGUGCAACAUCAAGCUGAGAUACGCGCCGUGCCUGGAGCUCCCUGGCGGCUCGGCGCUGCAGGGCGCCACCUUGCUCGUCAUCAAGCCCGCCGGCGAUGGGAGCGGCGGCGGCGGCGGCCAUGGCGAUCGGAAGGAAGCUGAAGCUUUUGUGUCAGGCGCGUUCGAUGGACCUCUGAGGUUUGCUGUGAUGGAACUGAUGAAGAGGCGCACGUAUCUCCUGGAGAUGAACGGGUUCUAGAGAUCCCGAGGGCUUCAAUGACAUGUUGCUUUCUGCGGGGUGCUUGUGACUUGUGAUUGGUAGGCUGUCUCUGAUCUUUGUACAGUAGCACUAGUAUCAUCUUAGCGUAUGAAUAUUGGUAGGCUGCCCUCCAUGGAGAAUCGAGAUGUUUCGUUGUGCGCGGUGGCAGCACACCGUCCGUGCCUACUGAAAACACGUGAUUAGCAUGAUGUAUGUGUGUUUCCCGUUCCCUAAUUGAAGGCGCCGAAAGAGGAUUAUCGGA